AUGGCUGGAGCUCUGAAGGGGAUCAGGCAACCGGACCCAGGAGAGGAGGAAGUCCAAGAAGAGAUGGCUGCCAGUCAUCCCUAUUUCAACUUACCUGACUUCACCCAGCCAUCGCCACCCUCCACUCCAGCCAGCCUCCCCUCAAACCAUCACCAUCGCUGCUUCGGGCCCUCCGAUGCCACCAAGGGCCUGUUUGUGGCCCUGCUAGGUGGAGGCCUGUCUGCUGGCUUCGUGGGCCCAUUCUCCCGUAUGGCGUACCAGACCUCCCACUUGCCCUCGUUGGAGCUGCUCAUCUUUCGAUGUCUCUUCCACCUUCCCAUUGCCUUGUUACUUAAAUUUCGUGGUGAUCCACUGCUGGGACCUCCUGAUGUUCGGGUUCGGGCCUUCCUUCAUGCCAUGCUCAACGUCCUCAGCAUUGGAUGUGCCUACAGUGCCGUUCAGGUGGUGCCCGCAGGCAAUGCAGUCACUGUUCGCAAAGGUUCUUCCACCGUGUGCUCUGCCCUCCUUGCACUCUGCCUCGAGAGCCAGGGUCUCAGUGGCUAUGCCUGGUGUGGCCUGUUUGGCAGCACCCUUGGACUAAUCAUCAUUGUGGGACCUGGACUAGGGACAUUACAAGAGGGGACUACAGGUCUCUACACAGCCUUGGGCUAUGUACUGGCUUUCCUGGGAGGUCUGGCACUGUCACUGGGGCUACAGGUUUAUCGCUCUCUACACUUCCCCUCAUGCCUACCAACAGUGGCCUUCCUAUUUGGCCUGGUGGGACUAACAGUCUCUGUACCAGGCCUCUUUAUGCUGCAGACACCUGUGGUACCCAGAGACCCUCUGAGCUGGAGCUGCGUGGUGGCAGUGGGGCUCCUUGCAUUGGUUUCCUUUGUGUGUGUGAGCUACGCGGUCACCAAGGCCCACCCUGCCCUGGUAUGUGCUGUCCUGCACUCUGAGGUGGUGGUAGCACUGAUGUUGCAGUAUUAUGUGCUCUAUGAGUCCGUGGCACCUUCUGACAUCAUGGGAGCAGGGGUUGUGCUGGGCAGCAUUGCCGUCAUCACUGCCCAGAACCUCAGCUGUGAGAAGGAAGGGCAAAUGGAGGAGUGA